CGGUGCUUUCCUGACGCGUGCGCAGUGGGUCGGAGAGCAGCCAUGCCGGAGCCGCGCGGGUCGUCGCCCCUGCGGGUGAACGCGGCGUUCGCGGCGAGGUACGGCCGCUACCGUGAGCGAGAGGAGCUGCAGCGGCUGAAAGAUCGCUACGGAGACCGGCACAGCGGCAGCGACUCCAGCUCCGAAUCUGAUUCCAGCGACGAGCACGUGGAAUUUGACCCUCAGCAAGAGCGUGACUUUUACAGGACUCUCUCCUUGUUGAAGAAGAAGGACCCCCGCAUUUAUCAGAAAGAUGCCACCUUCUAUCAGCGAACAGUAUCGUCCUCAGACAGCGAAGAGGAGCUGGCAGCUGAGAAGCGAAAGAAGGUGCAACCCAUGUACCUGAAGGACUACGAGAGGAAGGUUAUCCUGGAGAAAGGAGGCAAAUAUGUCGAUGAGGAGAAUUCAGAUGGGGAAACCUCCGAUCAGAGAUUCCAGCAGACCUCGUCGAAGAGUUACGUGGAAGAACAGAAACAGCUGAAGGAAAGCUUCCGGGCGUUUGUGGAGGACAGUGAGGAUGAAGACAGCGCUGAGGAAGGUGGCUCCGGGUUGCUGCAGAAACGUGCUAAAAGCAGAGAGGAGAAGGCCCAGGAGGAUGCUGACUACAUUGAGUGGCUGAAGGGGCAGGAGAUUCAGAACCCCGACACCCUGAAAGAACUGACUCACCUCAGGGAAUUCUGGAACAACCCAGAGCUGGACGAGGGGGAGCGCUUCCUGCGAGAUUACAUCCUCAACAAACGCUAUGAGGAAGAAGGGGAGGAGGAAGAUGAGGAGGAGGAAGACGAAGAGGAGGAAAGGGUCCCCGGUCCCCCGGUCCAGCUGGCUGUGGACGACUCCUCAGACGAGGGUGAACUGUUUCUGAAGAAGCAGGAGGACUUUGAGCUCAAGUACAACUUCCGCUUUGAGGAGCCAGACUCUGCCUCAGUCAAGACCUACCCUCGGAGCAUCGCCUCCUCCGUGCGCCGAAAGGACGAGCGCAGGAAGGAGAAGAGGGAGGAGACACGGGAGAGGAAGAAGAGGGAGAAAGCAAGGAAGCAGGAGGAGCUCAAGCAGCUGAAGAACCUGAAGAGGAAGGAGAUCCUGGCCAAGCUGGAGAGGCUACGGCAGGUCACGGGCAACGAGACGCUGGGCUUUGAAGAGCAGGACCUGGAGGAUGACUUCGACCCUGCCCGGCACGACCAGCUCAUGCAGAAGUGCUUCGGGGACGAGUACUAUGGCGCCAUGGAGGAGGAGAAGCCACAGUUUGAGGAAGAAGAAGGGCUGGAAGACGACUGGAACUGGGACAUGUGGGCUGGGCCGGAGCAAGGUGGAGCUUGGAGCCAACAGGAGCCGCACUGCGAGGACCCCGACUUCAAUAUGGAUGCUGACUAUGACCCCAGCCAGCCCCGGAAGAAGCAGCGAGAGGCCCCUUCGUUGGGCAAGAAGAAGCGGAAGUCACCCUUCGCUGCGGCUGUGGGACAGGAGAAGCCUGUGUUUGACCCCGGGGACAAGACAUUCGAGGAGUACCUGGACGAGUAUUACCGUCUGGACUACGAGGACAUCAUUGAUGAUCUGCCCUGUCGCUUCAAGUACCGCACGGUGGUGCCCUGCGACUUUGGACUUAGCACUGAGGAGAUCCUCGCUGCCGACGACAAGGAGCUGAAUCGGUGGUGCUCCCUGAAGAAGACCUGCAUGUACAGGUCGGAGCAGGAGGAACUGCAGGACAAGAGGGCAUACAGCCAGAAGGCCCGGAACGUGUGGAAAAAACGGCAGAUCUUCAAGUCACUCUGCCCAGAGGAGGCAGAGAUGCCCACGGAAGCCACAGGGAAGCCACAGAGAGACAGAGCUGGCUCAUCAGGACAGCUGGUGGCACUUGAUGGGGCCUGUGGCAAGCGGUCCCGGCCUGAGAGCACCCCAGCAGAGGAAGAGGCAGACCCUGUGACACCCACGGAGAAGCUGGGCCCCCAGAGGCGGAAGAGGGGCAAGAAGGCACGUCUCCUGGGCCCCACAGUGACACUUGGGGGACGAGAGUUCAGCCGCCAGAGACUGCAGGCCUUUGGCCUCAACCCCAAACGGCUGCACUUCCGGCAGCUGGGCCGACAGCGGAGGAAGCAGCAGGGGCCCAAGGCUAGCCACUGAGCCCGAGGGAGCCUGCAGGGGCCCCUUCCCCUUCUUAUUGACUGUAUGGACCCUCACAUCUACCUGUAGGCCAGGGAGUCUUCCCAUCUUAGAGAUGUGGAAGCUGAGGCCUACUCAACAAGCUUCCCCAGAUGACUCAGGGAACCUCCCCGCAAGACACACUCAAAUGCUGGGCCCAGCAAUAGCCACAGUCAAGUCAAACGGCUUUAUUACCCCCCAGCGGCCACAGCCCCUCCUCCCUCUCACCAGCUCUUGGCAGGAUAGGGGCUUUGUGACCAGUGAGGGGCAUGGACGGUCCAGUGCAAACUACAGUACGGAGUCAGGCCCUGAGUGGGUGCCCGGGGGCCUCCCUCCCUGCCCCAUGAGGAGGGCCCAGCUGGUGGGAGGCAGGUGUGCGGGCUCUGUUCCUGGCUGAACAGCCCCAGCCCUGAGGCUUCCUGGACUGGUCUCUCUCAGCUGCACUUGUCAGGGGGGAGUUCAAGCUCCCACACCUAACAUGACAUAAGUUAAAAAUAAAUAGGG